GCCAUUAGCAGCUACGCACGUGCCGUCACCGCAUUCAAAACUUGCGUGUGUCUCGCUUCUUCGCUUGCCUGCCCAGCUCUGAGCCAAUAGCCCUCGACCCGCGGAGCCCGGAAGCGAGCCGACUCGCUCGCUGCAGCUCAAGGCCGCUUCCUGCUUUUAGCUCCUGCGGCGCACAUACUUUUAGCACUCCGCUGCACUCCGCUAAUAAUGGCCGAUCGCGGCGCCGCUCCCGCCGGCGGGACGACCGCCGGCGACGGCAGGACCCGUGUACCGGGCACCGCUCUGGGCUUCCACCCACACCAGGGCGGUGAUGGCCACACCGCUGCAGCUGGAACUGGCGGCGGCAGCAGCGGGACCGAAACUAGGACUGGGGCAGGGGCAGGGGCUGUAGCAGCCCCCGCGAGUGAUGAUGCUGCCGCCGGCGCUGUAGCCGAGGAGCAGAGCUACAGCCCGCCGGAGGUGCUGGUGGGUGUCAUUGAGCGCGGGCUGCAGCACAUCAUGAGCCCGCGGCGGCAGGAGCUACCGUAGUAAUGGCAGUAGCUAGUGGCAAUGGCAGUAGCUUGUAGCGGUGGCUAGUGCUGGCGGGUGGCGCACUGGCGCUAGACGCGGCCUCAGCCCUCAGGUCGCAGGCUCUCCUUCCGCUUGGCAAGGCCCUGGGUUGCACGACAGGCUUGUAGGCUGCGCUGCUAGGCAGCAGCAGUACAGCGCACAUGCAUACCGUAUCUGCGUGUAUGCGCGCAGAGGGGCCGCAUGAAGUCAUGACUGAUCAUGCCGCCCUAGGGGCACUGGGCCACUUUGCUGUCGAUGGGCCUUAUUAUAAUGCAUUGAAUUGGAUUGCGUAAUGCAGGGCACAUGCCCCAUGCAAGCCGGCAAGUUGACGUUCGGUUUCGCUGUCUAAGGUUUGAGAGCUUCAUUCUGUGACACGAGUAAUGAGCU